AUGACUUCUAUUGAAUGCAAACAUUUUAAAAGACAAAUUGUUUUUCCUGAUAAUGAAGACGAGUCUUGUUUGGCAUAUAACGGAAAGUCUGGUAUUUGUGAGCCAUUGGUUCGUUGCGAUAAUAUGUUAAAUGAAAAAAAUUUACGAGUUUUACGACAAUCUCUGUGUGGUUAUGAUAAUGAAAUACCAAAAGUUUGCUGUCCUUUAGAUAAUAAUAAACAAAGUAUUCAAAGUACAACCAGAUUUACUACCAGAUCCACAACAAUAAAACCUAAACCAUUUAAAACAACUAAAAAAUUAAUGACACCAUCACUUGAAGAUAGCCUACAAUCAGACGAAGCGAUUAACCCAUUAAAACCUAAAAAGUUACCUAAAUUUUGUGGAAAUAGAAGUAUAACGAGUGGGACAACACGUAUAGUUGGUGGUAAAGUGUCUCGACCCGGAUCGUGGCCAUGGAUUGCAGCAAUUUUUGUAGAAGAUUCUGGUAUUUUCAGUGCCCAAUGUGGUGGGGCUCUUAUUUCACAACAGGAGGUCUUAACUGCUUCACAUUGUGUUGUAGAGGGUGGUCGGGUUAUGGAUGCCAAUAGAUUUCGGGUACGUUUGGGUGAACAUAAUAUUGCUAAACAAACUGAGGAGGACGCAGAAGUUGACUACAAUGUCAUGAAAGUUACGGCUCAUCCAAACUUUGAACCGCAAACUUUUAAAAACGAUGUGGCGAUCAUUAAGUUAAAUCAAAAGGUUAAUCUUAACCGACGUGUUUAUCCAAUAUGUCUGCCAUAUGACACACAAAUCCUGAAUUCUGAAGAUAAUAUUGGAAGAAGUGGUUUCAUCAUUGGUUGGGGAAAAGUCGAGUUUAAUGGCAACUCAAGUGAUAAAUUGAGAGAAGCUUCCAUACAAGUCGUCUCAAAUCAAGAUUGUGGUAAAGCUUUUGAUAAAGUGAUCAAAAUUAGUGACGAGUAUAUGUGUGCCGGAACUGUUGGCUCCACUAAAGAUAGUUGUCAGGGGGACUCAGGGGGACCUCUCAUGCAAAUCGAUCCAAACAAUAAACGAUUUUAUUUGACAGGAAUUGUCUCAUUUGGAAGAAGAUGUGCUACUCCUGGCUUUCCUGGUGUUUACGCACGGGUUUCACAUUAUUUACAAUGGAUUUCAAACAAUAUUUAA